UAUUCAGGCUUCUUGUCUGGGAAGUCCUGAUUGAAAUUAAGCUAAGAGUUUCAUUUCUCACUAUAAUUUCCCACACAGCCCAGCUUUUAGCCAAUUUCUUUAUCUGCAAGCGCCUUUUACAGGAAGCCGUACGUUCAUGUCCCCCGCUUCGGGGAUAAAGUUUAAACUUCUCACAGCUCGCAAAUACAGGAAUCGUGAUCUUUUUCAUUUGAAGUUCAAGAAGAGCACUUGUAUAUUCUGAGGAACAAGACAUGUCUUCGCCUGUAGUCUACACGCUUCUCUUUAGAUGGAUUCUUCCUCUCGUCUUGUCAGGAGCUCGAGACCAGCUUUUCGUGUUUCUGAGAGACUGCGAGGGUUUUUGCACGCAACGUUUAUCGUGUUGACACGCUUGUUGCUUCAGAAUCAAUGACUUCUCUGUCAUUUACUUGUGUUGUCUUCUGGCUAUUCCUCUGCUACCAAAUCCCUCACGAGCUUUUGGCUCUACAGGUCAUUUUCAGAAGGCACUGUUGGGUCUCUCCGUGUUUGCCUUGAUGGCGCAGAUUAUUUUUCAGAUAGUCUUGGGAGCCCUGCCACCCUACGGACAUUUCUUUCCAAAUUGUUCAAGGUAUGAGCAACUUACCAGACAAAUUGGACUUAGUAGGUUUGAUGGUGUUUCAGCACUGGACAUCUGCAGAAUCAUUGUCCCAGAUGUGGCAGUUAUAGCUGUAUCAAUAACAUGUGCUGUCUGUUGCCGAGGAUUAGUUGAUUCCUCCCCACUUCGUCCAGAGACCCCACAACAUAUAAGAACAUCCCCUGACUCAACUACAUGGGAUAAUGUGAUGCCAUAUUUCAUUGCCGUCAUGUUACUCGCUGGGGGAAUAAUGCUACCAUCACUUGCUUCUGCGAUAUACUUUGUGAUGUUCUUGAUCUUAGGAACAAUGUGGGCCUGCCACAAGGCAGUAAGGCUACGACGGAAAAGAGCAUUUGCCUUCGUAGGAUUAGCUCUCAUGAUCUACUCUGGUGUGCAUGUUUUGACAUUUUACAUGUAUCAGUUCCAAUUUUUUCAGAAAGUUCUUCCUCCAGAGAGUUUACUUGCCAGGUUAUUUGGCCUUGUGGGAAUAAUAUACACAGACUGCAGUGCCCCUUUAGCACUUCAUGUAAGACCAUACCUGGACUGGCCCCAGUGUGCAUCACCUGCUGUAAUCUUAGCUCUUUAUUGGCUGUUAGCAACAGAGACACGGUUUUACUUCAUAAAAGAAAGUGGAUCCAAAUAUGACAGUCAAGCUCACUGGUGGGACCCCAGGACAUGGCCUCAGUCCUAUACGUCUGAGAGACAGUCCCUUAUGACAGGGCGCCAAACCAACUACAACACCUUGGGCCCUCUACCCGUGAAUGUCGUGGCUGAAGAGCCAGUUCAACCAAUCCAGGAACCUGAUGAGUACCCAGGAGUGCAGGGAACUCUGGGAAGCAUUAUGAUGUUCCUCAUGAGACAGAGCUACAUUGCAGCUCUCAUCAUCAUGAUGGCCUGGAGCAUCACAUACCACUCAUGGCUGACAUUUGUCCUCCUCUUGUGGGCGUGCCUCAUCUGGAUCACCCCAUUUGCACGAUGGUUCUGUAUGGUCUCCUCUCCAGGACUCGUGAUCUAUGCUGAGCUACUCCUCCUUGUGCAGUAUGUUUAUGGCCUUCAGCUUACUGAUGAUGAAUUACCACUACAAGACCCCACGGGAACGUUUGACUAUUCUGAGCUGGGACUGAAGAAAUGGCAAUUUCCCUGUUUACACUUGGGUGCACAGACUCUCUUCACCUGGGUGUUCUGGGUGACUUUACGACAGCACAUCAGGGAGAAGAAAAUGAAGAGAAGGGAAAGGGAAAAUGAAGACUCUCUUCCUCUGAGAAAUCUGGCUCAUCCAUUUUUAAAGGCACUUAGGAAGAUGUGUAAGUUGAUGGAAAUCUUGAUAAUAUUUAUUUAUACGGAGAGAUUUGGUGUUUCAAAAGCUUUGUAUACGAUUGUGACGAGGCCUAAUGCAGUAGCUGAAAAAAAAAAAUCAUUUUUGUCUCCUAACAGGCUGUACAAUCUUGGACUUCGCCAACACACAAAAGCCAGCCUUCUGUUAGAACUUCUUACACCCACUGCCUUUUCAAUCAUUAUUGUUAUACAACUACAUUUCUUCCAUCGUCCAUUUCUGGCCAUGAUUGAUUUGAAAGUGAGAUCUAGCCCCACAGCCCACCAAUCAGCAGCAAGAGGUGCUGUAGAACCACAUACCACUGCCUCCACCUCCCAACAAGAUGGCGCCGGACAUUCAGAGCCUGCACGGGAGUCCCGGCAGAAUACUCAGAAGUCUUUUCUGGUGGUGGCACUUAUCAAGAUCGUGAACUUUUACAAUGAUCUAACUGUUUUCCUUUGGAGAGUUGGAGAACUGCACAUGUUGAAACUGGUCAAUUUGACACUGAUUUUUGUGGUGCUUUAUCAGGUCUGUGCUAUUAACGCAGUAAUCAUCAUUCUACUUGGCAUUUCCAUGCCGUCUCGCGUUCUUCAGAGAGCACUGUCUUACUGUUUCUUAAUCUGGAGCUCUCUUGUUAUUCUGAGUAAAAUGAUUUAUCAACUGAGGUUCGUGCAGGCUGACUUAUUCCAACACAACUGCACGGACCAGACUUUACCACGACCUUCUUCAUUCAAUCACUUCAUCAACAAUGCACUGUGGGUCGGUUUUUACAAGACAGAGAACAUCUCCGAGGAUAUCAAGGGUUACCUUUUAAUUGUUAUAGUCAUUGUUUUACACGCGGUCAUCAAGCAUCACCAGAAACUUUACCGUUGGAGGAAGAAUCUUAAAGAGCCAGAUCCCGGAAUCUUGUUUCCUGGAAUAACAAGACCUGACGCCGAUGAAGACUUCAUUAACUGUGUCAAGUAUUUGUUUAAUAAAUUCUUCUUCCACUUCGGUUGGGAGGUUUGUCUAGUUAUGAUAGUAAUAAACAUGGCCGUCCGUUGUGACAUCACGUCUGUUGUGUACGCCAUUUGGCUUGGGGCCUUUUUAGUGCUGGGCCGACAGAACUCGUCCAUCGUGUGGCCCGUGUAUGUGGGCUUCUUAGCGGUGCUCCUUCCUCUACAGUACCUCUUGGUGCUUGGAUGGCCUCCUGCGCUUUGCCUGGCUUAUCCAUGGACUAAUUCGUUAAAUUCCAAUCUCGUUCACUGGUUGUAUCUCACGGACGUCAAACUUCCGCCCGAUCCGAAGCUUCUACUGAGUGACUUCUUCCAAUUGCUAUUCGCCUGUUGUCAGGAGAAUGUGUUUUCCAUUGAGCGAUUCCGCCGAUCAAGUGGCCAAACCACGUCAAAUGUAUCUAUCAAUACCAGCAGAAGAGGAAGCCGCGGCAAAACAACUACUCCUGACUUCAUGUGGAAUAUCACUUGGCUGGACUUCUUCAAGGUUUUUGUAUUUCAACACAUGUACUGGGUCACUCUAGCCGUUGUUUACAUCACUGUUCAGAGUACUAUCAGUAUCUUCAACUUUGGUUUCAUAUUGUGGUGCUUCUUCUUCUUGUGGCAUGGACAAGCUCUGUACCUCCAGCCAAGAACGAGGCUCUUUAGAUUGUGGAAAAUCUUCAUAGGAUAUAAUUAUUUCACGCUUCUUGCUAAAGUUUGUUUACAGCUCGUGUCUUGUGUUUAUGUGGAGUACGUUAAAAACCACACAGGCUGUUGGGCGUUACAGCUGCUAAGCUUGUUCUGUUUAAGACAACGUGGAUACAAGAACAAGACACAAGCCGCCAUCGGUGACUGUGUGGCUCCGGAUGACACGGGACUCGCCAUGGACUGCGCAUGCUUCACUUUUCUUGUCAUGCAGUAUCGUGUGUUCACAUCAGAUUACUUUAAGCACGUGGUGCGAGAUCACAAAGAGCAGGCCGACAUGGCAAGUAGGGGAGCUGAACUAGUUGAUGAACAUGUUCGUACCCAGUUAGAAGCAGUGAGACGAGAAGACAAAGGAAAAAUGGAUCGCAUCAAAAAAUCACUCAACAAACUGAAACAGAAACUUGCCAAGCUGCACCCAGCAGGAGAACAAUACGAGCCUCAGUCACACUAUGAAGCAAUCUACUCUGGAGAUUACAAGUGGUUUGAAACUGAAUCAGAGGAAGAACUAGAGAGUGAAUCACCAACAGGAAGCCCAUCACGUGACAGGAGUCCCAGUCCUAAUGAGCCCGAAGGAGACCGAGCUGAGACCAAGGAGACUGGGGACAAAGGCAAACCAAGAAAAGCCACAGGAGACCCAGCUUCAUCCGGAGCACGGAAGAGUUCGAGCAGCUCAAUCGAAGGCGAAGACGACUUCCUGGCUGUUGUCGCCCCGGAGAUGCCCGAAGAUGUCGUAGGGCAACCCGACGGAUUUGUUAACAAGAUAAAGCGUUGGUGUAGCUGGCUGUAUUACUACAUCGCUAUAUCUGUAGACAAGGUCAUUGAAUUGCUGAAUGACAUUUCUAAACACUACCGAGAGAUUGCUGACCAACUCAAGAGAGAGCGCAAGGAGAAGAGAAUCGAGAAACUUCGGCGGGCUAAGUUCGGUUAUGCAGUUGCUCGGGUUCGGCUCGGAGAAGCAUCGGACCCCGAAGCGGACAACAAGAGUAUGACGUCACGCAUUACCAUGGAGGAUGAUGACGCCUGGUCGUCUUCCAACUUGGACCUAGACGAUGCGGACGGGAACGCGAGUUGGCGCAAGUCCAACAUGCGGAUCUCGCGCCUGACAGUAGCAUUCGUGUAUGCACUGCUAGCCAACACAGACAUCCUGUGCUACAUGCUGAUGAUAUUAAACCAUAUGGUGUACGCUAGUGUUCUGUCGAUACCGCUACCUUUCCUGGUGUUCCUGUGGGGCAUGCUGUCCAUCCCCAGACCCACCAAGAUAUUUUGGAUCACGGUGAUGACGUAUACACAGAUUGUGAUCGUGGUGAAGUACUUGUUCAAGUUUCAGUUUAUCGACAUCAAUGAUUGUAAUCGCGAGGAAGGGUUGGAGAAGGACAGUCCGCUGUGUCCUCCAAGGUUGAUUGGAAUUGAACGAGAUGGCCACACGUCCGCCUAUGAUCUCUUGUUGCUGCUAGUGCUUUUCUUUCACAGAUAUUCACUGAAGGUGCACGGUUUGUGGAGAGACAAUGCCAACGCAGAAGAAGGAGAUGAAACUGAUGAGCCUCCAAUGUCACCCGCUUCACCUCCAGGUCACUUUGGUGCUGGUUAUGGUGGUUCUGUAAUGCUGGAUAGAUCGAUAUCCAUUGAGAGUAGCGUAUCUACUCAGCAAUCACAGGACACCGAGGCGACGGAGGGAGAUGGAAGACAUAGAAAUCAAGAACGCGGGCUGUGUUUUCCUGUGAUGACGUUUUUUCGUCGUAUUUAUGAUCCUGAAGUAGGCUCGGGUGCUGUGGAUGUGUACGCCAUGAUGUUUUCUUGUCAGUUUAUCAUCUUUAUCAUCAUUGUGUUCAGUUGGUCCGCGUUCUCCUCCCCAGAGCCGAAGCCCCAAGCGCAGUUCAUGCAAAUAAUAGAACAGAACGUGGUGCCGAAAACUUUCCUUUACAUGUUGUUAACACAGUUUCUUCUCAUCAUCAUUGACAGAUAUUUAUAUCUUAGAAAAUUUGUGAUAGCAAAGCUGAUUUACAAUGUCUGUUUGGUGAUAUUAUUCCACGUGUUUAUGUUCUUCAUCGUGCCACUUGUGACACAGAGGGCUUUCAUCGAGAAUAUUCCAGCAAUCUUCAUGUACAUCUUCAAGUGUAUGUACUUUGGACUGUCCGCUUACCAAGUACGAUGUGGUUACCCUACGAGGAUUCUGGGUAAUUUCUUGACGAAAAGCUAUACGCUGACCAGCGGUAUUCUGUUUCAAGGUUUCCAGGCCAUUCCCUUCCUACUGGAGUUGCGCAGUGUACUAGACUGGGUUUGCACGGAUACCACCCUGACCUUGUAUCACUGGCUCAAGAUGGAAGAUAUUUAUGCUAAUAUUUAUGUGCUGAAGUGUUACAGGGAAUCAGAAAAGACAUGGUUCCAAGGGAGGGGUCAAAAGUAUUGGACCAUGAGCAAGUUGGGCUUAGGUGGCCUCUUGGUGGCUCUGCUGGUGAUCGUGAUAUGGUUCCCUCUUCUGUUUAUGUCGUAUAUCAACUCUGUGUACACAAGCAACCUACCGCAGGACGCGACGUUCACGCUUUCCAUUGGUGGAUACCAGCCACUUUUUAAAGUAAGUGCACAGGAGAAAUCUUUAAACACACUGACGGAUGAGGAGAUCGACAAGAUAAAGCAGGAGCGGCCAGGAGGAUACUCUGAAACCCAGGUGGAGUCAUUCCUGCAGAACUUUAAAGGUCGAGGCACCGUGGUUCAAGUGAAGAUUGUAGGUAACUCAAGUUCCAUCUGGACCAUCAGUCCUCCGUCCCGGGACCUGAUGACCAAGUAUCUUUCCGACAACAAUGACAAUGUUACAAUGCGGUUCAGCUAUGAGUUCACAAGGGAACCUAAAACAGCACUUGCGCAGGAGACAAUAUCCGGUGUGACCCAGGUGACCCUCGACAAUGCCACGAAAACUCAACUAGCUGACAUGUUAGAAGGAAAUUCUACCAGUGAUGAUGUGGUCAUUAAGGACUUGUUCCCAAGCUUCGUACGCGUCCCAGCCAGUGGCUCCGUUACACCGUUCCUGUCCAUUGACAAAUCCAACUACGUGACCUGUCGCCUGCGCAUGCGUUCGAAGGGCGUCUUUGAUUGGUGGGAGCUGACGCAGAAAAGUCCUGAUCCACUGUUUGGCGCGAAGGAGAAUGUGCUGGAAAUGAUAACGUUUAAUGAUCUAGUGCCACCUCUUCACUUCUCUUUCUUCACCAGUACUGGAAUAAUUGGACUGUACGUGGGUUUCGUUUGGUUGGUCGGUAAGUUUGUCCGUCUGUUCUUCACUUCCAUAUCUUACCGUAUCAUGUUCGACGAGAUGCCAAACGUCGACAAAGUACUCAAACUGUGUCUCGACAUCUUCAUGGUGCGAGAGAGCAAAGAGCUAGAGCUGGAAGAAGAUCUAUUUGCAAAGCUGAUGUUCCUGUAUCGCUCUCCUCAGACGCUGAUUAAAUGGACCAAGUAUAAGCGACAUUAGUUAUAAAAUGAGAGGGUUUUUUUGCUAUUGGUGUUUUAAGUUAACUUGACAAUGAAACCCGGUAAACGCGAGGACGCUAGAUAUAGCGUUUUUCAAUUGUGGGCGGGAUUACUUCAGUGAGGCACAAAGAAUCUGCCUGCGUUGUAAGAGUUGUGUUUUGUCAAAUGGUUCCGUUCUGAUUAACCUAUCUUUGACUUGCGAUUCCUCCUAGUAGUUUCACGCCGUAGGAACACAGCAUUCUUAACUCGGGUUUCAUUGUAAAAAGUAUCUGUCCUGUAUAAUUGGGAGCUUCAGCAAUGACGACGCCGCGGACGACUUCUUGUAAAAAAUGGAUUUGUAGUUUACCUUGGAAUUUUCUAAUGGUGUAGAUCUGUUCAGAACACCAUUCGGUCUAAAAACGUGCUCAAACUAAAUGUAAUGCCAGCGAUCAAUUCCUAAAGGAAAUACGAAAAAUUAGCCAUCGUGGCUCACGUUCUCCUAAAUAAGCAGAAUUCGGUCAUUUUUUGUUGUUGUUGUUGUUGUUGUUGUUUUCAAAGGACGACUAUGAAAUGUACAAAGC